GGUUUUAACAACAAGUUGCACAUUUCAUCUGCGUAACAUCACAUGUUGGGGCACUAGACAACUUUUGGGGACAGGUACCCGUACCCUUAGGAAGAGGAAUUUUUCUACGUUUUAAGACGAAAAGGGGAACUUUAAGCCAUGUAUAUAAAACCUGUGAAAGGACAAAUCUCUCUGUAUGUUUAGCUAGAAGUCUAGCACCAUGUCGGAACAAACAAUUACCAUUCUACAUUUCAACGAUGUUUACAACAUUGAGCCACAGAAAAUUGAACCGUCAGGCGGUGCUGCAAGAAUGGCACAUUACGUCAAAACACUCAAGGAUGAAAAUCCCCUUGUCUUGUUUAGUGGAGAUGCCUUGAAUCCCUCUUUGAUGAGCAUAUUUUUGAAGGGAAACCAGAUGAUUCCAAUUCUCAAUGCCAUACCUGUUCAUUGUGCAGUUUAUGGGAACCAUGACUUUGAUUUUGGUGUUGACCAUCUAGAAGAUUUUGCAGAACAGACAACAUUUCCAUGGUUACUUAGCAACAUAACAGACAAACUGACCUUUCAGCCCCUAGCUGAUGGCAAAAUUAAACACAUGAUUGACUGGCAUGGAGUAAAGGUAGGAGUGAUGGGCCUUGUUGAGGAAGAAUGGAUUGAUACGUUAUCUACCAUAGACCCUGAAGAUAUAAUCUUUGAAGAUUUUGUAGAUGUUGGGAAUAAACUUGCAGCUGAACUCAGAGAAGAGGGUGCAGAUAUUGUGAUAGCUUUAACACAUAUGAGAUGGCCAAAUGACAGAAAGGUGGCCCAGUGUGUUGAUGGCGUGGAUAUUGUGCUUGGAGGACAUGAUCAUGACUACAAUGUAGAAAAAGUGAAUGGGAAGUAUGUUGUUAAGAGUGGUACAGACUUCCGAAACAUGAGCAAGAUUAUAAUGAAAAAGACAGGUGACACAGUGGAUGUUAAAAUUGAAUGUAUAGAACUAGACUCCAGCAUUCCAGAAGAUGAAGAUUUGAAAAAGGAGGUCUAUAGACUAACAGCUGACAUAGACAAAAAGAUGGAUGAAUAUUUAGGAAACAUGGGUGUGGCCAUGGAUGGCAGAUUCGCUUGUAUACGGACAAUGGAAACUAAUUUAGGAAAUUUUGUUACUGACAUUAUACUGGAGGCAGUACCAGCAGAUAUAUGUCUGAUUAACUCUGGGACAUUUAGAUCAGAUAGAAUACAUCAGAAAGGCGAGUUUAGACUACGGGACCUUCUAACAAUUUUACCGUUGAUGGAUCCUCUAGUUGUCAUAGAAAUCUCAGGGAAAGAUGUUAUAAAAGCAUUAGAAAAUGGUGUUUCUCAGUAUCCAAAACUGGAGGGCAGAUUUCCUCAGGCAGCUGGGGUGAAGUUUGUUUUUGAUCCCAGUAAACCCCCAGGGAAAAGAGUUGAAGCAGGGCUUGUCAAGGUUCAAGACCAGUUCAUCAGUCUAGAUAAGAAAUACCGGUUAUGUACAAAGGAGUAUAUAGCAAGUGGUAAGGAUGGAUAUGAUGUGUUCAAAGAUUGUCCUGUUGUGGAAGAUUCAGAGAGAUGUCCAACCAUUAGCACUGCUGUGAGAAACCAUUUUGAAUCUGUCCAGAUUGUACGCCAUGAAAAACCGUGUAGAUCUGGGCACAGACAAAGUCUGUGUAGUAUUGUCAGACGCACGCUUUUAAUCAAGAAAACCGCUGCAAAGUUCUUGUCAAUGAGAAAGUCAUCGCGAUCAUCAUCGCCAUCACCACCACCAUCCCCUAGCCCACUAACAAACAACAUCAAAUCAGACACGCCAAAAUCAUCUGAAAGUAGUCCAAAGAAAAUAGUUCAACCAGAACAGCCUGAAAGUAGUCCCAAGAAAACAGCUCGACCAGAACCGCCUGAAGGUAGUCCGAAAAAGAAACAAAGGACCGAUGUCACUGACGGGGGUGUUACAAAUGCAGUUCUUGAUGAAAUUAUUCAGAAAAGCUCUGCUCAGAUUCUUACAACUGAAAGUAGUAGCAAAGCAGCCACUAAAGAAAGUGUUGAACGUAAGGCCAAAACUACUGUAACAACGGUCAGUGACGGGAAACGAGAUUCCAAGGAUACCAACAAGAACACGGAAGACUCUUCUGUUUUCAGGCGGGAUAGUUUAAUGACAGAUGCGGAACAUAUUGCACGCCUUGCCAAAAUGACGGAGACGUUCCGACAACCGGGGCAGGGCAAGAAACUGUCACAUGCCUUCAUUCGACAGAUGAGUAUCCAGAAAGAGGAAGAGGAACAGACUCACCUUUGUCCUAAAGUUGAAGGACGCAUUGUUCAAGUAGAUGAUAAGAAACGCUUAGCUAUGCUGGCUGAGAAGAUUACAAUGUUUGGUCACAGCGUACAAAGUGACGCCAUUCCAGAAAGUGCCAGCGGGGAAGACUUAGCCACGUUAGGCAGUGCCAAUGAUCAGUUUCAAUCAGAUAAAUAAAAAAAUCUUUUUUUUUUUCUCAAGAACUAGAUUUUUUGUAAUUAGCCUUUAUGCAUGAAACAAAUUUCUUGCAAUGGAUAGUUGGUCUAUGCAUAUCAGGGACAAAGAGAAAAGAUAUUACAUUCCUUACAGAUGAAGUAGAUUUUCAGAUUAACAUUUGGGCAACUGAAAAAAACACGACUUUGUGCCAAGUAGUUUAAAGCUUGCUGUGAUGGACUUGUUUAAGUUUGGUUUUUUCAGUCAAACCUGUAUUAAAGGCCAUUGGUGAAACAGAGACCACUUGAUUAUGAAAAUCGCUAUUUCGUUUCAAAACUAUACUGCAUUUCUAACCAGUGAAUGAAGAAAGAAAUGGUGCAAAUUUAGACAACUUAUUGACAUUCUUAAGCAUGGUCUAUAUGUUACAGGUUUGGCAGUAUAUUGUUACAUUUUUACUUAGAAUGAUGAGAUUUAGCAUUCCUUUAACAUUUUUGUACCCUUAUCAAAAAAAAAAAAAAAAAAAAAAAAAUACACAAAAAAAAAAACAAAAAAAAAAAAAAACACUUAAAAUAAUGGUGUGAAGCAUUUGUACUCCAUGAGAUUUGACUUCUUUGUCAAUAACUUGUAAUUUUUUCAGCAUUAUUUUACUCACUACCUGUUAUGUUGAAGUUAUUGUUUUUGAUCAUAGUAUCUCUGUGAUGAAACUGUGUGCUGAAAGUGUACUUGUGGCAGAUACCAUUGUUGAUUUGGCUUUUUUUUGUCUGAAAUUGCUUCUAACUUAAAACAGUUGUAAGCUUAAUGUGUGUUUGUAAAGUUUGUAGCAUUUUGGGCAUUAUUUCCUACAAAGCAAAGAUAAUUAUUAAGAGUUAUCUCCCUUUCAGUUCAUUACUGGUAUAUUAUUUAUAGAUAUUUACAUGUAUUCAUAUUAUUUAGUUAUCAGAUAUAUUCAUUUUUUUCUGUAUGUCUCACAUACCAGCAAUGACAUAUCAUGCCUCUGUUCAACCAGUUUGAAUCAGAAAUAU